GUAAGAACUUGCACGUGCUAUAUUAAUCAAACUUUGUAUGUUGGGAAAAUAAAUUAGGCAUAGAUUAGAUUAAAAUUGUCUCAGUCGGCUUCUAGGUGCGAUUAAGUAAAGUGUGUUUUUAUGUCCUGUCGGAUUUCAUUAUGAGCGAAAAUAUUGAACAACGAAUGUGCAUUAAAUUUUGCCAUAAACUGGGAUAAACGGCUACUGAAACCUACCAAAUGUUACUGUUAGCUUAUGGAGAUGAAACCAUUUCCCGUACUCGCGUUUUUGAAUGGUUCAAACGAUUUAAAGAGGGUAGAACAACUGUUGAAAGUGAUAAACGUGAAGGACGCCCGUCAACAAGCCGCAAUGAGGAAAUGGUUCAAAAAAUACGAACAGCAAUACGAGAUAAUCGUCGUUUGACAACUAUGGAACUUAGUAAUGAGUUUCAAAUCUCAUUCGGAUCAGUUCAAACCAUAUUGACGACUGAUUUAGAUAUGAGAAGAGUUGCUGCCAAAUUUGUUCCAAAACUGUUCUCAGAUGAGCAAAAAGAAAACCGAAAACAGAUCGCCACUGAUUUGCUAGAGUAUUCCGAAUCUGAUGAAUUUUUUUUAAAAUCAAUUAUAACUGGUGACGAGACUUGA